AUGGAGCGAUCACAAGCGCCUACCGGACUUGGCUUAGAGAACACAGGAGCCUCCAAUGCCCUUGUUCUCGCCGGUCCCCUCAAAGCAUCUCGAGCUGUCGAGCAGCUAGACCAGGCAGCCUUCGAGGAGGCCCAACAGCGGGACGACACCGCAACCCGCGCAUUCUCCAAUGUCCAGAUUACUACCAGUGACGGUCGGUGCCUGUUCGUCGACCUGCUUUCAGGUGACUUCAGGGCCAACCUCACUCCACUCCAAGUUGCCGCCUGCGGAAGCACCGACGGCCAGGGCUGGGACGUGAUCACGGCCGGAAAACAUAACGACCAGGCCGGCGCAGCGCUGCUGGUCAACACCCUCUCCCAAGCGUGCCUCAACUUUGACCCUAGGAGGGCUGCCGGCGAUCAGGUGAAUCUCUUUUCCUGCGGCGGUCGAGCCGACGGUGGUGGAGAAGUCACCAACUCGCAGCUUUUCGACUUUGCCGGCGGCGCGGACCCCCUUGCCUUGACCCCUCGCAAUUCACAAGGCCAGUGUCUCACCGUCAACGGUAACGUGGUUGGCAUUGCCGCAUGCGACACGACUGAUGAUGGCCAAACGUUCACUAUCGGCGAGGAGCCUCGCCCGGCGGAGAAGACGACGGGCUCAGCCGAGGACCCGGCCGAUGACGAGGGAGAAGUCGAGGAUCCAGCCGUUGACGACGGAGAGGCCGCUCCCGGAAACGACCGAGGAAAUAACCAAGGCGGUGGCCGAGGAAACGCCGGGGAAAUAACCAAGGCGGUGGUCGAGGAAACGCCGGCGGCAGGAACCGCGGGAACGGGCCAGAACGGCGGGAACAACGCCGAGGAUUGCGGACCUGGACGUGUCGUAACCGUCACCGAAACAGUCCAGGCUCCUGUUGCCACCGAGACCGGCGCUGACAUCACGGAGACGGCCGCUGCCACUGAAACCCCCGCCGCCUCAGCCACCGAAGAAGCCACCACCUCCCCGACUGCCCCCGAGCAGGAGCAGGCCACCACAGGUGGUGCCGCCGUCGGCGGUGUUCCUACCGCGAACCCCACCGAGGCAGUUCCCGUCUCGCGUGCCGGCGGCACGUUGAACCCCACUGCGGCCGCCAAGGCCCACGAGCUCGACGAGACGGCGACCCGCGCCUUCACCGCCGUCCAGAUUCGCUCUCCCCAGGGCCAGUGCCUCUUCGUCGACCCCACCGCGGGCGAUUUCAGGCAGAACCUCAUCCCCGUUCAGCUCGUCGACUGCACGGGCAGCCCCAACGAGCAGUUCGACAUCAUCACGGCCGGGAAGCAUAACAAUGCGAACGGCGCCGCGCUCAUCGUUAGCACCCUGACCAAUGGCUGCAUCAGCUUCGACGGCAGACGACCCGCGGGUGACACCGUCACCAUCUUUUCUUGCGGAGGGCGUGCCGCAGGAGGAGAAACCAACACUGGACAGCUUGUAUCCUUCAACGGGGAGACGGAGCUCGCCUUCGCUCCCGUCAGUGAGAACGGCCGAACCUGUCUGGUCGACGGCCAGGGCCGCGUCGAUUCCGCCGCUUGCUCGGGCAAUGCCUCCCAAGUAUUUACCAUUGUGGCGUGA